GUAUGCACUGGAGUUGUCUCUGAAGUGCAUGCUGGGAUGAUUUGGGACUCUCCUUGGCAACAAAAACAGAUGAAUUUCAAACCAGUAUCAAAAUAGGGUUAUUUUUUAAAUUGUUUUGCUAAAAUAAAAAAAGCUUAAUCCAAAAUACUCGGGUAGGAAUCUGCAUCACAAUGCAGGCAGAAGAUGCGCGGUAUCUAAAAAGGAAAGUGAAGGGAGGGAACAUCGAUGUCCACCCAACUGAAAAGGCCCUUGUUGUUCAUUAUGAGGUGGAAGCAACUAUUCUUGGGGAGAUGGGUGACACCAUGCUGGGGGAAAGAAAGGAGUGUCAGAAAGUCAUUCGCCUCAAGAGCUUGAAUGCCAACACUGACAUUGCAUCCCUUUCACGGAAGGUAGUGGAGGAGUGUAAGCUAAUCCACCCAUCUAAACUGGCUGAGGUGGAGCAGCUGCUGUUCUACCUGCAAAACCGAAGGGACACUCCCACUGGGAAAGAAAAGAAAGAGAAGAAGCUGAGCAAACCAAAGGACCCACCUCCCUUCGAGGGGAUGGAGAUUGAUGAGGUGGCCAACAUUAAUGACAUGGACGAUUACAUUGAGUUGCUCUAUGAAGAAAUUCCUGAUAAAGUCAGAGGCUCUGCGCUAAUCCUACAACUGGCUCGCAACCCUGACAACCUGGAAGAACUGCUGCAAAAUGAGACUGCACUAGGGGCUCUGGCAAGAGUCCUAAGGGAAGACUGGAAGCAGAGUGUGGAGCUUGCUACCAACAUCAUCUAUGUAUUCUUUUGCUUCUCUAGCUUUUCACAAUUCCAAGGGCUGAUCACUCACUAUAAAAUUGGUGCUCUAUGUAUGAACAUCAUUGACCAUGAGCUGAAGAGACACGACUUGUGGCAGGAAGAGCUGCUUAAAAAGAAGAAAGCUGUCGAAGAUGAUCCUGAAAACCAGACCUUGAAAAAAGACUAUGAAAAAACAUACAAGAAGUACCAAGGACUUGUGGUCAAACAGGAACAGUUAUUAAGAGUUGCCCUCUACUUGCUGUUGAACUUGGCUGAAGACACACGCACAGAGCUGAAGAUGAGAAACAAGAAUAUUGUCCAUAUGCUGGUAAAAACCUUGAACAGAGACAACUUUGAACUCCUCAUCCUUGUGGUGUCCUUCCUUAAGAAACUCAGCAUUUUUAUGGAAAACAAGAAUGAUAUGGCAGAAAUGGAUAUUAUUGAGAAACUGGCCAAACUGGUACCAUGUGAACACGAGGAUCUGCUGAACAUCACCCUGCGUCUCCUUCUCAAUCUCUCCUUUGACACUGGGCUUCGCAACAAGAUGGUCCAAGUGGGGCUGCUACCAAAACUCACUGCACUCAUAGAAAAUGAAAACCACAAGCAGAUAUCGAUGUGUAUUCUCUAUCACAUCAGUAUUGAUGAUAGAUUUAAAUCCAUGUUUGCAUACACAGACUGCAUUCCACAGUUGAUGAAGAUGUUAUUUGAAUGUUCAGAGGAACGAAUGGACCUGGAACUCAUUUCAUUUUGCAUUAACCUGGCUGCUAACAAAAGGAAUGCACAAUUAAUCAGUGAAGGUAACGGGUUGAAGAUGCUAAUGAAACGAGCAUUGAAGUUUAAGGAUCCACUUUUGAUGAAAAUGAUUAGAAAUAUUUCUCAGCACGAUGGCCCUACUAAAAACGUUUUUAUUGACUAUGUAGGAGAUCUGGCAGCCCAGAUUGGUCCCGAUGAGGAGGAGGAAUUUGUGAUUGAGUGUUUGGGGACGCUUGCCAACCUGACAAUCCCAGACCUGGACUGGGAACUUGUACUGAAGGAGUACAACCUGGUUCCCUACCUGAAGGACAGACUCAAACCAGGUUCUGCAGAGGAUGACCUGAUGUUGGAGGUGGUGAUAAUGCUGGGGACAGUGUCGAUGGAUGACUCCUGUGCUGCCAUGUUAGCCAAGUCUGGAAUUAUUCCAGCACUCAUUGAACUACUGAAUGCCCAGCAGGAGGAUGAUGAAUUUGUUUGCCAGAUUGUCUACGUUUUUUACCAGAUGGUUUUUCAUCAAGCUACCAGAGAUGUCAUCAUCAAAGAUACCCAAGCUCCAGCCUAUCUCAUUGACUUGAUGCAUGACAAGAAUGCAGAGAUCAGAAAAGUCUGUGAUAACACACUAGACAUCAUUGCGGAAUAUGAUGAGGAGUGGGCAAAGAAGAUCCAGAGUGAGAAGUUCCGCUGGCACAACUCCCAGUGGCUGGAGAUGGUAGAGAACCGGCAAAUGGAUGAGGGUGAGCCCUACAUGUAUGGAGAUGAUGGCAUCGAGCCAUAUAUCCACGAGGGAGACAUACUGGAGAGACCUGACCUCUUCUACAGUGCAGAUGGAAUGAUUCCUUCUGAUGGAGCAAUAAGCCCUGAUUUCUUUAAUGACUUCCACGUACAGAAUGGAGACAUGGUUGGACAUCAACUCUUCACUGGCAGGUGUUUGGCUCUAACUGAAGAUUUGUGUAUAGUGUUACCAAGAAAUCCGCUCUUCGUGCCUCAAAAGAUAACAGCCCCCACUUGCACACUCAACAGGUUAUAAUGAGAAAGGAUGAUGGAAAUGUGCAUUUGUCUAUUUUGUUUCCUGGAUCCCUCUUGAAUACAAGCUGGUUGUUGUGUUGUAUAUGUUACGGUUCAUGUGAUUUACCAGCUCAUCGGUCAAUGUAUGAAAUAACUAAGGAGAUGGUAGUUAUAAUGCUACAGCGUUUGAGAUGAAUUCGGAAAUAAAGGAAUGUCAGGCAGCUUAAAGGCAAAAAAAAAAAGAUUUCUGUAAGAUCUGUUAUGUACUUGGGUAAAUUUAACUAAUUUAUUAUUUAUUUUUCUAAACUUCAGCCUUAGGUUUUUUUUUUAUUAUUAUUUGAUUAAUCUUUUUAAACUUCAGGCAAUAUUAUUAUUAUUAUUAGUAGUAGUAUUAUUAUUAUUAUUAUUCAAUAUACAGACAUAUUUCUGGUUUUAUUUAACGAUUUUAUCCCCCUUGUCUCGCUUUAUGUAAAAAAAAAAUAAAAAAAAUAAAAUAAAAGCACUUUACUGGUUUUAUUUUAAAUCAAAAUUUACCAUAAGGUAAACACCUAGGUAUGGUAAUAAUGACACCUCUCCAGCAAAACUCAUGCCUCUACUAAGAGUGAUUUAGUAUUAUUAAGUUGAACUCAUUUAGAAAAUAGCAUAACCAAAGUGACGCAGGGUUUGCAUUUCAGUGAGAAUCAUACGUAGUCUGCUACAUCAUUUUGCUGGCUGUGAUGGGGUGCUAGCUCGCCCCUAUAAAUUUGUGUUUGUUAUUGUUGUUAUUUUUACUGUUUUCAUUAUGUUUUUUGUGAUUUCUUGUUUUGGUUUGGAUCAGCAGGGAUGGGGUUAAGUUCCUCCCUGUGAAAAUACAUGUGAGAAUGUGGCUGGAGCCUUAAGUGCUUAAUUGUUAAUUAUUAGUUAAUUGGGCUCCAGCCACAGAGUCUAAAGGGCAGGUGAAACCCUUUGUGUAGGGGUGUUUUUCUGUUUGGGAGUGCUGGGUUUUGGGGAGUUUUGUGUUUGGAAGGAGGGAGUGUUUUGUUUGAAAAGCCUUGGAACCUGACCAUUUAUUUUGUAAGUUUUCACGUGUAUUAUUUGUAUUUGAACCUUUUUGUUGGCCCUUGUGCCUAUUUAUUUGAUUAUAUUUUGUUUAAUAAAGAUCAUUAUUUUGCCCUUUUCACUGUCUCUGAGCCUCAAACCU